AUGGAACAACCUUUUCAAGAUUUAACAUCUAUAGAUAUACCACUUGAUGAAACUCUACCUAAACCAAAAAAUAAAGGAGAAGCAGAUAGUGCAAAAGAAGAUUGGGAUCCCAAUUUAGUAGUUGAAGCUUAUUUGUAG